AUGACUAACUGUUUGUUUGCUCAAUCUCUGCUCAGCUUUUUCUGGACUUGUGUCAUCUUAUGUCACCGAGUCCACGUAAACCCCAUGGCGCAGCUGUACUACAACAAGGCCAGUAACUCCCCGUACCGCGAUCGCAUCCCCCUGCAGAUCGUGAGGGCGGAGGUUGAGCUGUCUGCCAAGGAACGAGCCUACCUGACCGCGGUCGAGAAGGGCGACUAUGCUGGAGUUAAACAGGCCCUUGAGGAGGCCGAUAUCUAUUACAACAUCAACGUGAACUGCCUGGACCCAUUGGGCCGCAGCGGACUCCUCAUCGCUAUUGAGAAUGAGAACCUGGAGGUGAUGGAGCUGUUGUUGAGUCAUUGCGUGCUCAUGGGCGACGCUCUCCUCUACGCCAUCCGCAAGGAGGUGGUGGGAGCAGUGGAGUUACUGCUGUCCUACAGGAAGCCCAGUGGAGAGAAACAGGUUCCUUCUCUUAUGAUGAACACACAGUUUUCGGAGUUUACACCCGAUAUCACACCAAUCAUGUUGGCUGCCCACACUAACAACUACGAGAUAAUCAAGCUCCUAGUUCAACGAAAAGUCACCAUACCGCGGCCACACCAGAUCCGCUGUGAUUGCGUGGAAUGUGUAUCCAGCUCCGAAGUGGACAGCCUGCGGCACUCCCGUUCACGUCUGAACAUUUACAAAACUCUUGCUAGCCCCUCUCUCAUCGCCCUUUCCAGCGAGGAUCCCAUCCUCACGGCGUUCAGGCUGGGCUGGGAGCUAAAGGAGCUCAGUAAGGUGGAGAAUGAGUUCCGGCAGGAGUACGAGGAGCUAUCGCAGCAGUGCAAACUUUUCGCCAAAGACCUGCUGGAUCAGGCCCGUAGCUCCCGUGAGCUGGAGACCAUCCUCAAUCAUCGGGAUGACCACAGCGAGGAGCUGGACCCCCUUGAAUGCAGAGACCUGGCCAAGCUCAAGCUAGCCAUCAAGUACCACCAAAAAGAGUUUGUAGCUCAACCCAACUGCCAGCAGCUCCUGGCAACACUUUGGUACGAUGGUUUCCCGGGUUGGAGACGUCGUCACUGGGCAGUGAAGCUCGUCACUUGCUUCAUCAUUGGCCUGCUCUUCCCUAUCUUCUCCCUCAUAUACCUUCUGGCUCCAAAGAGCACUCUGGGAACCUUCAUCAAGAAACCUUUCAUCAAGUUCAUCUGCCACACUGCCUCCUACUUGACCUUCCUCUUGCUCCUCCUCCUCGCCUCACAGCAUAUUGUGCAAACGGACCUGCAUGUACAGGGACCUCCACCCACCAUUGUGGAGUGGUUGAUCUUACCCUGGGUUCUAGGCUUCAUCUGGGCAGAGAUUAAAGAGAUGUGGGAUGGAGGUUUCACAGAGUACAUCCAUGACUGGUGGAACCUGAUGGAUUUUGCGAUGAACUCCCUCUACCUGGCCACCAUAUCUCUUAAAAUGGUGGCCUACUUUAAGUACAAUAGCUCUCGUCCUCGUGUGGAGUGGGAGAUGUGGCACCCUACGCUCAUUGCCGAGGCUCUCUUCGCCAUCGCCAACAUCUUCAGCUCGCUGCGUCUCAUCUCUCUGUUCACCGCCAACUCUCACUUGGGCCCACUGCAGAUUUCUCUUGGGCGCAUGCUGCUGGACAUCCUCAAGUUCCUUUUCAUCUACUGUCUGGUGCUGCUGGCGUUCGCCAACGGCCUCAACCAGCUCUAUUUCUACUACGAGACGAAGGCGUCCGAAGAGCCCAACCACUGCAAAGGGAUCCGUUGUGAGAAGCAGAACAAUGCCUUCUCCACGCUGUUUGAAACUCUUCAGUCACUUUUCUGGUCUGUGUUCGGGCUGUUGAAUCUGUAUGUUACCAAUGUGAAGGCUCGUCAUGAGUUCACCGAGUUUGUAGGGGCCACCAUGUUCGGCACAUACAACGUCAUCUCACUGGUGGUGCUACUGAACAUGCUCAUCGCUAUGAUGAACAACUCUUACCAGCUCAUCGCUGAUCACGCAGACAUUGAGUGGAAGUUUGCUCGUACCAAGCUGUGGAUGAGCUACUUUGAUGAGGGAGGGACGUUACCGCCACCCUUCAACAUCAUACCUAGUCCAAAGUCUGUGUGGUACCUGUGUGUGUGGCUGCACUGCCGUCUGUGUGGACAUGGAGAAUCAAGGCACGAGGACGAGUGUAAACAUGGAAAACUCAAAGAGUUCACGGAAAGGCAUGCCGAUAACCUCAUCCAGAACCAGCACUACCAGGGGGUGAUCAGAAACUUGGUAAAGCGAUACGUUGCAGCCAUGAUCCGCAGCGCCAAAACAGACGAAGGGCUGACAGAGGAGAACUUCAAGGAACUGAAGCAGGACAUCUCCAGUUUCCGCUACGAGGUUCUAGACCUGCUGGGCAACCGUAAACCCCCGCGCCGCACAUACUCUUCCAGUAGUGAUACCACUCAGCAGGACGAAACAGCUGAGCCUGAGGAAGAAGAGGAUGAGGAGGGAGACGGGCUCGGAGGACACCGAUGUGGGGAUGAGGGAGAGUCAACCAGAUCCAAAGCAUCUACGUCCUUUUCCCAAUGUUACAGGAGUAACCGAGAGUCCCAAUUCAGCGUAUCGGCCCUGUUUAGGUCCAUGUCGGGACCGGCCAGGGAAAGACUGGAAAGCAACGGCUUGAGGAAGAACAUAUCCCACCCCUCUGCAUUUGUGCGGACCUUUUCACGCCCCAAGAAAAACUCUUUGCAGCGUUUGGGAAUGCUGAUCUCGCGCAUGAAUGGACACGUCCCGGAUCCGCAUGCGGAGACCCCGGGAGUUCAGCCGUCUGCGUACAGCGUCUCAGACAGCGUACCGCAAACAUCUUGGCACGACCCUCAGACGCUGUCGAAGGUAACACAGAGCGAGAUGCACCUGCACACGCUGGGAUUGGGACCCUCUGAGACGGAACAUAACCCAAUGCAGGCCACAUCUCGACGGGCAAACGGCAGAGAGAGUCUCCUCCUCCAGCCGCCCCCGCUGCACUGUGCUUCCUCCAGCGCACAGCUCUUGGCCUCCAGUGAUGACCUGUGCCAUGGCUGGAUGGGACCCUGUGACAGUUUAGGCUCCUCCAGCUGGGAACAAGAGGAGUCUGUUACGACACAGCUGUAG